GCUUUUUAUAUUUUCUUUUAUUUAAUGAGGAACACGUAACACGAGCCAUUAAAUAUCUCCAACUCUUCUCUCUUCUUACCAAACACUCAUCUCCCUCUUUGACUCUUCUUCUCAAACCUUCUCUCUCUUUUUUCUCCCACUUAUCACUUCUUCAUUGGCUUCAGACUCGUCGAAGAAGAAGAAGAAGAUAACAUCAUGAGUCUUCUUACACGUCUCCUUGCUCUGUCUCUACUCAUCUCUGUUUCAGGAGCAAAGUUCUCCGGCCGGCCAGGUGUCAACUACGGCCAGCUCGGUAACAACCUCCCGUCACCUUCCGACUCAGUUAACCUCAUCAAAUCCCUAAACGCAAAACGCGUCAAACUCUACGACGCUAACCCAAAGAUCCUCACCGCCUUAAACUCCACCGACAUCACCGUCUCCGUCAUGGUCCCUAACGAGCUCCUCGUCAACAUCUCUAAAUCAGAAACACUCUCCGACGACUGGAUCCGUUCCAACAUCCUCCCGUUUUACCCAACCACCAAGAUCCGUUACCUCCUCGUCGGCAACGAGAUCCUCUCUUCCACAGACUCAGAGCUCAAAGCUUCACUCGUCCCGGCAAUGCGUAAGAUCCAACGGUCGUUAAAGUCUCUCGGCGUUAAAAAGGUCAAAGUCGGAACCUCACUCGCCGUCGACGUUCUCAAGACUUCGUUCCCACCGUCGAGCGGUGAGUUCAAGGAAGAUAUAUCCGGUUUAGUUAUGAAACCGAUGCUUCAAUUCUUAAACCGGACCAAAUCUUUCUUAUUCGUUGAUGUUUACCCGUAUUUCGCGUGGGUUCAAGAUCCGACCCAUAUGGAUCUCGAUUACGCGCUUUUCGAAUCUACCAACGUCACCGUAACGGAUCCGGUCACGAAUCUGACUUACCACAACCUCUUCGAUCAGAUGAUUGACGCUUUCGUCUUCGCUAUGAAACGAAUCGGGUAUCCGGAUGUUCGGAUCUGGGUUGCCGAAACGGGUUGGCCCAACAACGGUGAUUACGACCAAAUCGGAGCCAAUAUUUUCAACGCCGCCACUUACAACCGCAACGUUGUCAAGAAACUCGCUGCGGAACCGCCCGUAGGUACCCCCGCCCGACCCGGAAAAGUUCUACCGUCGUUUGUAUUCGCACUUUACAACGAGAAUCAGAAAACAGGGCCGGGUACGGAGAGGCAUUUCGGGCUUUUACAUCCCAACGGGACUCAGGUUUACGGGAUUGAUCUAUCGGGGAAGACGACGGAGUACGGAGGAGAGUUGCCGGCGCCGGAGAAUAAUGAGGUGUACAAAGGGAAGAUUUGGUGCGUGGUGGCUAAAGGAGCUAAUUGGACUCAGCUUGGUGAAGCUCUAUCGUACGCUUGCUCGCAGGGGAAUAAUACCUGUGACCCGAUUCAACCCGGAGGCUCAUGUCACAAACCGGACUUAGCCGUUUUGCACGCCAGCUACGCUUUUAGCUCUUAUUGGGCCCAAUUUCGUAAGUCUGGUGGGACUUGCUCCUUCAACGGCUUAGCCACCCAGACCAUUAAAGAUCCAAGUUACGGACGCUGCGAGUUCCCGAGCGUGACAUUGUGACGGCUUACGAGUUACGACAAUGCAUGGUCGAGAAGAGAUCCACACGAGGGAAAGCCGCACGGUGUUACGGCUUUCAUUAAUAGAAACGGCACGUGACGAUGACUCUGUACGAUGUUGUUACGUUAGCUUGAUUGAUUGUUGUUUAUUAGAAACAGCACGUGAUUACGGUCCCGUGAUUUUUAAUUUUACUGUUUAUUUUAUUUUAUUUUUCCCUCGAAAUAAUGAAAACUCAAUGAGUAAUAAUAAAUUCGUUUUUUUUCCAUGUAAUGCAACCGGUCCCUUGUGUCGGUUUGAUUAGCUAAACUACUGAUUUUUCUGA